AUGAACCUCUCAGUCGACGCUGAUCUGCUAGUUAGCGACCCGGCUGAACUUGCAGCUGAAACCAUCAGUCCUCCUCGGAGACUGUCUAGUUUAGACUCUUCGUGGCGUUUAGCAUACAUUGCGGUGGGCACCAAUUUGGGUGACCGGCACAACAAUUUGCAACAAGCCUGUCUCUUCUUGCAAGAUCUGAGUAAUUCCAUCAUCAACACCAGCUUCAUUUACUCCACGCCAGCCGCCUAUGUGACCGACCAGCCAGCCUUCUACAACAUAGUCGUCUCACUCACUACAGACCUGUGUCCAUUAGACUUACUCGCUGCUUUGAAACGUGGCGAACAGGAACUGGGCCGUGUACCAUCGGAACGUUGGGGUCCACGCCAUAUAGACUUGGAUAUCCUUACCUAUGGUGUACAUCCCAGUUGCGGCAAUGUAGAGACCGGUCUGGUGAUGCGGACUGAGGAACUGAGUAUUCCUCACGUCCGAAUGUUUGAGCGUGAAUUUGUGCUACGACCACUGUGUGAUCUUGAUCCGGGCUUUUUGCCUGACCUCGAAGCGAUUAGAGAUAGUUGGGACCCUGACGUUACCCGUAUCAUACCGCUUCCGAACGGCCGCAUGCUUCCUUAUGGAAACGAGACGCGAUUGAUGGGUAUAUUAAACGCGACACCUGAUAGCUUUACAGACGGGGGCAACCUGGGUGACGGGACCGCCGAGGCGCUCCGAUUGGUGGGUGAAUGGGUAGGCGAUGAGGGUUGUCCACCAAAAACUGGUAUUGAAAAUGGGGAAUUUACCUACUCUCAUGCUAAAAUAAGCAGGAAUAAGUGGACCGCCAUAGUAGAUGUCGGUGGCCAAUCUACACGGCCUGGCGCAGAUGUUGUAGGAACGGAGGAGGAAAUUAAGAGGGUCGUGCCGAUAAUCUCAGCAAUCCGUGAAAGGUACACCGAUAUAGUGAUCAGUGUGGAUACGAGCAUCGCUAGUGUAGCUGAGGCUGCUAUAGGCGCAGGAGCGGACAUAAUUAACGAUGUGACAGCCGGGCGUGGCGAUAAGGCAAUGCUGCAAUUAGCUGCAAGAUUACAGGUCCCUAUAGUGUUGAUGCACUCGCGAGGCACUUCGAAAACGAUGAAUUCACAGAAUGAUUAUAGCAAGGAGACGGGUCUGAUCGAUGGUGUUUAUCGGGAACUAUGUCGUACUGUGCAAUCUGCUUCGAAUGCUGGAGUUAGGAAGUGGAAUAUAAUAUUAGACCCUGGAGUCGGAUUCGCAAAAAUCGGCGUACAGAAUGUGGAAUUGAUGAGGGCACUCCCUCAACUAUUCUCCGGCAAAUUAGAAGGGUAUGCCGUGCUGGUGGGACCAUCUAGAAAGCGGUUUUUGGGCACGAUAGCCGGACACUCGAAGGAGACGGACCCCACCGAACGAGACUGGGGUACCGCUGCCGCUGUGACCCAGUGCGUCAAUGCAAAGGUCGAUUUUGUUCGCGUGCACAAUGUAUCCGCGAUGACCGAUGUAGUUGCAAAUGCGAAUGCAUUCUUACGCGAGCUUCCAAUUGUUGAGGCGGAUUGA